UUUGUAUAAUAGCCAUCACCGUCAAGCAGAUUUGCUAAUGUCCAAAAUGUCUGCAAACGAUACCUAUCAAUCGCCUUUGGCGUCGCGAUACUCCAGUAAGUUCAAUUACAGUUCCUUGACCCUCAAUUCACGUCCGAUUACCCCGCAGAUUCUAAGAGGACGCCUCUUUGAGCUCGUUGACCAGUGGCCGGUCACCUUCUAUCUCAUAUCUCCUCUAUUAUGACACUUCACUGACAAUUAGCUAUAUAGGCACGGAGAUGAAGACCAUCUUCUCUGCUCGGAAUCGUGCGUCAACCUGGCGACAACUCUGGGUCUGGCUUGCGGAGGGAGAGAAACAGCUUGGUUUGGAUAUCCCAGAGGAGGCUCUUGAGCAGAUGAAGGCAAAUCUUACCAUGACCGAUGAGGAUUUCAAGGUUGCCAGUGCGGAGGAGAAGAAGCGUCGUCACGAUGUUAUGGCUCAUGUCCACGCUUUUGGUCAGGUCGCUCCUGCUGCCGCUGGCAUUAUUCAUUGGGGUGCGACUUCUUGCUAUGUCACUGACAACGCUGAGUUGAUUUUUAUGAAGAAUGGUCUUGACCUCUUGGUGAGUGGCCUCCUUUUCCUGCAUCAAGUUUGGGUCACCUAUCUGAGGACGUGGGUUGGGGUUACUGGGUCCAAUUGGCUCUGUGCACUCCAACAUAUCCCAUCACAUCCACCUUGCCUAAUCAGAUUGAUCUAUAAGCUAACAAUAUUCAAUAGCUCCCUAAGUUGGCUACUGUCAUCCACAAAUUGGCUGCUUUCUCUGUUGAGUACAAGGAUAUGCCUACUCUUGGUUUCACUGUAAGUGCACCCUUCUCCUACUACACCUUCUACCUACACCAACCUAUCCUCCACCUGAACCUCGCUAACCCCUGCCAAGCAUUAUCAACCCGCUCAAUUGAUUACUGUCGGACGUCGCGCUGCCCAAUGGGUUCAAGAUCUUCUCAUGGACUUGGAGGAUAUCACUCGAGUUCGUGUCGACUUGCGUUUCCGUGGUGCUCAAGGCACAACUGGUACCCAAGCCUCUUUCAUGGAAAUCUUCCACGGUGAUGGCGAGAAGAUCGACAAGCUCAAUGAGUAUCUCUGCUCCCAGGCUGGAUUCCCAUCUUGCUAUUCCAUCUCUACUCAGACCUACUCUCGCAAAGUUGACUUGAGAGUCGCCAAUGCCCUCGCUUCCCUCGGUGCUACGGUUCAAAAGAUCACCAGUGAUAUUCGGUAAGCGGACUGUCAACACUCCCAUUUGAAUUAUGCUAACGCCUCUGCUUAUAGUCACUUGGCUAACCGCAAGGAGUUGGAGGAGCCUUUCGAGAAGAAUCAAAUCGGAUCAUCUGCCAUGGCCUACAAGCGUAACCCAAUGCGCUGCGAGAGAAUUGCUGGUCUCGGCCGUUUCCUCGCCAAUGAGAACAAGAUUGCUAGUGAUACCUUCGCUGCUCAAGUAUGUCAUCCCUUCCAAUAUAUGAAACCACGCGCAUACUAAUGAAGCCCUUGAUAGUGGAUGGAACGCACCCUCGAUGACUCCGCCAUUCGUCGCAUCAUGAUUCCCGAGAUGUUCCUCAGUGCCGAUGCAAUUUGCAUGACCCUCGAUAACGUCGUUAGCGGUCUCGUCGUCUACCCUGCCCGUAUCCACUCUGCCGUUAUGGAGGGUAUGUUACCAUAUCUUACGACUUGCAAUCUUUGUUCAAAAACUGACUCUCAACAGAGCUCCCAUUCAUGGCUACCGAAAACGUUAUCAUGAAGCUUGUUGCCCUUGGCAAGUCUCGCCAGGAGGCUCACGGUACGCCCACUCCUCUCCUUUCCCUGCUCCAAAGUACUAGGCUAACGAUACAUAGAGGAGAUCCGCGUUCUAAGCCACCAGGCUAGUGAUGUCGUCAAGAAGCAAGGCGGUAAGAACGACUUGAUCGAGCGCAUUAAGAAGACCGAAUUCUUCCAGGUAUGUAAUCUUCCGCCUUCUUCCCAGUCCACACGAAAACAAACAUAAACUAAUACAUCUUCCAACAGCCUGUCUGGGCAGAGAUCGACUCCAUGCUUGACCCCAAGAACUUCAUUGGCCGCUGCCCUGAGCAAGUCACCCGCUUCUGCGGUGCUGGCGGAGAGGUCGAGAAGGCCUUGGAGCCAUUCAAGAAGCAUAUUGAGAAUAGCAAGGCUGUUGAGCUGAACCUUUAAGUUUAUCCUACUUUGCUCUCUUCUCUUCUCGAACCUCCGAUUCUCGAAUCCUUUCUAGGGAUAAAAAUGGCGUUUCAGGCAAUACCUUGUGUAGCAUUUUCGCUUAGGCAUUUUCACACUGAGCUGGCGUUUUUUGAAUUUGGAUGGAUGGAUGAAUGAAUACUGGAUGAAAUGAAUUUGGUGACGAAUGAUACCCAGCUACUCUUGAUAGAUGAUUUGACGCGUUUUCAAACGGUCGGUUCACUAAACCUAGACAGAGAUGAUGGAAUGAUGGAAUGAAUGAUGUUAUAUGCAAC